CUCACUGCGGCCAUCGGGAGCUCGAGCUCGUAACGCUGCGCCUCGUUUGUCGUUCGCUUUCUCCCUUCCAGUCUGCUCGACACUUGCUAGCAGGAAGUUGAUAUGUCUUUGGCCUGUCCCCAGUCUUCUCAUCUUAGCCGACCGGUCUUGGCUUGGACUUGGGCGGAUCCGUGACACCGUACUCGUCCACACGCCCACAGUGUUCACGGCCCUCUCUCUACAACCAACGAUGGCCCCAGCAAUGCGGGAUUUGGUCGCCAUGGCCCACUGCAUCAUCCGAAGAGGGCGUUCGUAUGUCGUACGGCAAGCCUCGCCCAAGCCUACGGCCUCAUGGCGCUCGGUCUGACUCUUUGUGUCUAUGAUAGGAGAAGAUGUGGUAAUCUAUCGUCUUUGUCCCUUUCCUCGGCUAUAUAUCCUGUUGCACCUCUUCUGUCACGCUUCGACUUUGUCGUCUCGCGCCUUUCUCCCUUGCGACGCCCUCAACGACGUCUUGACUUUGUUACACACCUCACCACAACCACUGGGAACCGUGUCAAAAGAUGCACCACUCUAACAUCGACCGCGCGAUCGCGUACGUGAUCGAGCGCAGGCAGCAGCUCAACGUCCCCAACGUCUUCGCCGCCUACCUCCAGGCUGUCAUCUACCCGAACCCCUACGACGACGACUCCAUCGUCCAGACCGACGACGCGAUCGCCCGCGCCGCGCUCGUCACCUUCGAGCGCGCGAUGGACAAGUACCCCAUGCCCACGCCUCCAGCGAGGACAAAGAAGUCGAAGUCCCAGCCUUCCGCUGUGGUUCCCGCUCCGAAUGGCAGAAAGAGGUACUCGGCGGAGGUCGCGCAGCUGCGAUGGGAGUACCAGCAGGCGACGUUGCGCGCGAGCGCCGCAGAGGGCGAGUACCACGGCUGCUCGUGUUUGUCCUGCGGAGGUUUGAUGGCCAUGCGCGACCGGCUGCCUGCGCUGUCGUCGGAGGGCGAGGAUGGGGAGCUGCUGCUGGAUCUGCCGGUACGCGCGCGUCGCACUCGGAAGGCGAAGAAGCAGGCUAGGAAGAAGGUCCAGUUGAGGCGGGAUGCUAUUCCAGUAGACCCUUACGCGCCAUCCAGCAGUGCUGCCGUACUAUGACCUCGAUGAGUUGCACGUUGACUAUGACUGCCAUCCCGUCCUAUGCGUCUCCCUGUCUUCCGCCCUAUGCAUCCCGUCCGUUUCAUUGCCUUUGUCUGAUAUACCCGCAGAUAUCUCCCUCUGUAUCUCUACCCAUUCCUUCUAGGUCUCAUCAUCGGCUGUAUCGUACUCUUCUCUCCCGUCCGGUCACAACAAUAUCAUUU